CAGAUAUUGAUCCAGUAUUCCGUCGUAGUUACAAACUCACUCACUGAACAUCAGGUCAACACACAGACCUGUUUAUUACAACUCGUUUAGCACGUACAAACAAACGGAACAUGCCCAAAAGAAAGUCACCUGAGGGAGCGGAGGGGAAGGACUCCAAGGUCACGAGGCAGGAGCCGACCCGGCGGUCAGAGCGUCUGUCCACGAAACCAGGUCCUCCUAAAGCCGAGCCCAAACCCAAAAAACCCGCUGCUAAGAAGUCGACCGACGACAAGCCCGUAAAAGGAAAGAAGGGCGGAGCCAAGGGAAAGAAGGAGGAAAAAGAUGCGGUGCCUACCGAGAACGGAGAGACCAAGCCAGAGGGGGAAUCUGCGACCUCUGAGACCAACGCCGAUGCUAAGUGACUCUAGUUGGCUUUUCCGGGAGUCAAACGAUGUUUUUUAUUCUUUAUCGAGUAUUUUGUAAGAUGCUACCUUUUUUUAGACUCGUCAGUGUAGUUUUAAUUAGCGAGCUCACAUUCCUCCCAGAAUUCCCUUUUCUCCUUUUCUUUUCUCUCUUUAAUGUUCCACCAGCAGAGGUAAUAUCAGGUUAUAUCUUCUAGUUAGUCUGCAGCCUACAUCCCCUCUAGUAACGUAACAUCAAGUGCUUAAUGUUUGUGCCACCUGAAUUCAUCUCCUCGACGUCCUGACUGAGUUUUACGGCCAACCUAAAAUCUUUCAUAUUACCCAUAUCAUAUAAAAUAUAAAAUCAACCUGUGAGAAGAAAAACGUAAUCAAGUCGAGUUUUCACAGCUGAGGUUGUUUUAAUUAGACAGAUUUGGGACUUCGGUACCAACGUACUUUAUAAAAUCGCUUAUUUGAAGAUGAACGGCACAAAACCAUAGCAAUAACAGCAGGGAGCCGAGAGCAGCGCUGGAAAUCACCGUCUGACGUGGAUCUACAGAAUUCGUCUGCCUGGCUGGCUUGGGAUAUUGUUUGUGAAAAUGUUUUCAAAUAAAAACCAGAAAAAAAGGCC